AUGAAUCCUGGAAAUAACCUUAAACCAACAAUCAUUAAUCGGAGUUCGUCUAAUUUAAAAAUACAAAAUGGCAAAAAAUCUCCCAUUAAUAUUUCCUAAAUUAUUAAGCAUGAUGCUAUUCUUUAUACAAAUAAUAAGUCACUAGAGGCAUCAUUUAGUUUACCUGAAAUUACAAAGAAAAACCCUUACGACUAAUCAUAGACUAAAACUUUAAAAUUGAAAAUGAAGGGCAUGAUUAAAUCUAAUACCAAGUCUAAUUUGCUAAAAACAUUAAAGACUAGACUUGAUAAUAAAUAAAAGCCCACUCAUGAAAACAUAGAUUCUGAAAACUCAAAAAUUUCAGUAUCAAAUUAGGAAGAGCAAUUGUAAAGAAGACUUGAUAGAAUUAAAAGGGACCUAGCACGGAUAUAAGUAAAUAGUAAUCAGGUACAGAAGUCUCUGAAUAAUAGCCAGAAGACAUUUAAGAUUAAAAACUUGCAGAAGCGUUCUCGGAAUAUUGAGGGAAAAAAUUACUAAACUAUGCAAGAGGAUCCAUUAUCUUAAUCUCUUGAAAUUAUAUAAAUAGAUGAAAGCUCUAGAUAAUUGCAGCAGUACUUAUUGUAAUCCUCAAAUGCGUUAGCAAACAAAUCCAGAGAGAAACUACCUAUUCCUAAAUAGCAUAAAGCUAAUAACUAUAUACAAUCGAAUUCACUCAAUAGUAGAAUAUCAAAGCAGGAUUAUGUAGCAUCUCCAUUUUUGAAUGUAAAUGAUAAAAAGUUCAGUUAUAUAUUGUAGGAUAACAGCCCUAGUCACUCCCAUAACCCAGAAAGACAAAUAUCUUUGAAUUUGAAUAGUAAAUAAGCUGAAUAUAUGGGAGAGUCUAGGGAAAAUAACAUAUUCAACUAAGAUAAAAUGUCAAGUAAAUUUUUAGCUCCAAUGAUGAAUCAGUCAUUCGACUAAAUUAGUCAAAUUGACAGAUAGUUAUCUGGUAACACUAACACAAGUGAAUUAAUCAGAAUAUAGUCUAAAGAUUUUAGCUAUAAGAGUUUCUUUCAUGAACUCAGAGGACUUAAUACUCCCUAAAAUGCUGAUUAUAAAGCCAACAAAUUCAAUACCAUUAAUAGCAAAUAUACUAAAAAUCCUAGUGAAAUAACCUAAUCAAUCAUUAAGGAGAACAACACAUCAGAAUUGAGAAGUUCGUAUUUAAUGUCCUCUCCCCAUAAAGUAAAGGAUGAAUUAGACUUGCAGACUAAUUUACUUUAAUUAGAUAUUAAGCCCUCAGUUAUUUUGGUUCAAUAAUAAGUAAAAUCAAAAUUUAGUAAUAAAGAUUUGAUUCAAAAAGUGUCAUCAUAAGAAGACUCCAUUAUUUUCGAGAGUGAAGAGAGAAAGGAAUCUAGAAGGUCUAAAAUCAGUAUAAUAAUAGAUGAGUAUUAAGAGAAAGGAAAUAUGGAAUCUUAAAAAUAGAUAAUGAAUAAGAUUAACUUAGAUGGUGUAAAUAGACAAUCACCUGAUGUCAUCCAUAGCCCUUCUUUAUAAUCAUAUAGCUCUAAAGAGCAUAUUAAAGUUGAUACAGAUGAAGAAUUCAAAACGAUGCUUUAGCCUUAAAAUCAGCCUUAGCCAUAUAGUAAGGAGCAACAACCUGUAAAAAAGAAAUCAACAAAAACAUUUAUUAAUGCGAAUGAGUCUAAUAGAUUUUAGUCUGAGAUGAGUUUUAAAGUAAGCAAAAAUCCAGAUAGCAAUACGAUUUCAAGGCAAGAAACUGAUCAGCAAUCAAUCAACAUCUCACAGUUUAAAGGAUUUAAUAAAGAACUGGCGCUUUAACUUAGCAUCAAACAGAUGAAUUUAAAAAGUAAAAUUAUCAAGGAAAAAUCUAGCACAGCCUUUGUUUAUACCUGCCUAUAAAUAUACAGAAUAAUGCUUAGGUUUAAUAACUAUGAUCUUUUGAUGAGACUAGUAAAGAACAGAUUUGUAAGAUUAGCUGUAAAGGCAUACAAACAAUAUUAGAUAAUUAAAAAAAGAAAAUCUUUGUUUAUUGAUACUGAAAAAGUCAAAGAGGAUAGAAGAAGGUCUAAAAAGCAAGUGCCAAAUUAUUUGCUAAAGAAACAAGCCACAUGGGCAGGCUAAGGGCGUAUCGGUGCAAUCAGCCCCUUGAUAUAAAUGAGUCGGCAUAAUGAUAGUAUUUCAAGACCCUCUAUUUCUAAGCGUAGUAUGACUGAUAGUGAAAUACCUAUGGGAACUCAAGAGGCACUCUACUGGUUUAAGUAGGCUUGCUUGACAUCAGCUAUAAUUGCCUUUGAAAAGCUUAAAGUCAAAAUUAUAUUCUCUAAUCAAAAUGCCAUAAUAGAUUAUUCACUAGAGCUGUUCAGGCAGAUGCUGAUGUAUAACUAUUAGAAUUUACUAUUUAAGCUUGUGAAAAAAAGAUUAGUUCAGAUGAGUGUUAAAAUUUACUAAGAAUAUGAGAGAUAGUGGGAACGUGAGACUAUAUUUCAGCUUUUUAGAAAAAGAAUUGUAAAGUUAGCUAUUAGCAUUUACUAUAAGUCAAGGAGUCAUGGAUCUCUAUCAAUCUUUAGAAAUAGAUUCAAUACUAGCAUUGACAAAACAUCUAUUGAUACUUAGGUAAUUUCACUCUCACAAAGAAUAUAAUAGGAAAACUUGGCUAAUAGCUAAUAAGCUUUUUAAAGAAAUCAAAAUUAAUUGAGUAUUUAGCAUUAACCCUAGCUUGAUACUAUAAUUUAAAAUCUGCCUUUAAAUCCAGAUGCUAUGGUCCUCAAAGUUAGCUAAGCAUUUUUACUGGAAUAUGAAUCAGAUGAGGAAGAUAAAUAGGACUCAACUUAGGUGGAUAAAUAAUAAUAAGAUCUAGAGUCUUCUCGAGAGCUCUCUAGCAUUGAUAGAAACUCCCUCAGAGAUUAAUAGCCAAGAUCAUCUAUUAGUUCUAACUUUUCUAAUGGUCUUUUGAUGGACUCAAUGAUGCUACAAUUCAAGAAAAUAGGUGAUCUAGAUAAUGCUUCAAUUCCUUAACUUAGAGAGAUAGAGAAGAAUAUUAUGCUGCAAUAGCAGCGCAUUUAGUAAGAAAUAUAGGAGAUUCAAGGCUCAUCAGAAUCUGGAGGAAAUAACAACAACAAUCUAUCUCAGAGAAUAUCCACAAAUUAUUAGACAACUACUUAGGGAUCUUAAAAUAACAUUACUUAAGGGAUAAAUAUAAAUUCAAAUAGCAACAUGAAUGCUGACUAUCCAAGAUUCAGCGACGUUGAGAAAUUUGAGUCAAGCAUCACUCCUAUUCCAUUUUCUAAAAACUCAACUGGAAUGAAUGUUAAUCCCAUAAUUUAAGUUACAUCUGUCCCAGUAUCAAGCUUUACAAAUGAUAAUAAUAGUCAUUAAUAGCAAUUUUAAUAAUCUCAGCAUGAGUAAUCUAAAAUGCCAUACCAGUAGACUGAUGAUGAAAUCAAGUAACAAAUUUUUAUGAACUAUGGAAAUGCAGAUUAAAUGCUAGAGGAAGAGUCUAGUUAGGACAGCAGCUCAACUUAUAGUAAGUAAAGUGUAAAAAGCGGUAGCAAUAGAUCGCACUCUUCAUUCGCUGCCUCGAGUAGAAGGUUAGAAGGAAGCAAAAGAAGCAUAAAUAAUAACUAGCAGAAAAGGUCUGAUCCAAAUCCAAAAAUAGACUCUUCGUUAAUAUAAAGUAAAUAGCAAACAACUCAAAUAAGGUAGUCUAUGGGUGAAAUAACUGCUCCAACCAAUAAAUUACUAGAAAAGAGUAUUAAUAACGGUAGUAGUUCAAAUAGAAAGAAGACUAUCAAUCAAAACUAUCAAGAAAACAUUGUUAUAAAAAAAUAAACUGAUAAGUCAAUAUCGAGGUUUUCUCUUAAUCUAAACAACCAAAACUAGUAGAGGUUACCUUCUUCAGCAGUGUCUAAUCAUGGAGGUUUAAGUGGAAUUCAAGGAGUCUCUCCUAAUCAUGGAUAAAAUUCAAUGAAUAGAGUUUCCUAGGUAAACGAACCUAAAUAACUGAAUAACACAAUUGGCAUAUAAAUAAAAGGCACUCGAAAUAAUUCUUCUAAUGAGUAAAAUACCAAUGCCAAUGCAUUGAACUCAUCUAACCAUGCUGGAAAAUCCCCAAGGCUGAGUAAAACAAUGGGUCUAGUUUCGCAAAAGAAGCCAAAAGAAGAGGUGGUAAAGCUGUUUAAAAUGUUUAAAGAUUUGGAUUUGUAAAGAUAGCAAAUGAUUCUGAGAGCACUUGAGCCACAUCUAAUAGCUAAGACUAAAAAACAUGGAAAUUUACCUAGGUUUGAUAUUAAGAUGAAGCGAUAUUCUGAUUUCAUAAAUAGAUCAACAGAUAAUCAAUGA